UUUGCGGCUCUCUUCAUGCUCCCAGUCGAGAAUCAAAACCAAAACGGUCUUGCAUGUACGAGGACAACACGUGCAUCAUAUGAAACACCAAACACUUAUUGGGGGUCCGGAAAUCCAUACCGUCCAUUUCAAACCACUGCAUGUUCAAUCCAAAGACUGAGAACUGCAUGUGUCAACGUGCAAUUGUACACUGGCCAUAAGGCCCCCACUAACCCGACAUCCUGGACCAUGGACAUAUGAGGGUAGAAUGCCGUCAUCUACCGGACAGCCAUGCAGACUCAAAAUAAACAGUGCAGAAAGGUCUAGAACUCGAGGGCCUUACGCGAGUCGCACUUUUACCAUGGUUGAAGGACAUGAAAAUGCAUGGGGCAUAUGCCGGAUCACGGCUGCAUCAUGCUUCGAAGGAUCACAAUCAACAACACAGUGUCAUUCUUCAUUAACGAAAGCCUACUGUAACCAUUUACCAGUACGUGUCCUGCCAAAGCUCGAGAUGGCAGGACUGGAUAAGACGCAAUGUGGUGUAUCCCGGGUAGUUCAUGUUCUGUUCUCGGGAUCACAUCAUCAGACCAAGUUGCAAUCGCUUCAAAGCACAUCCCAAGGGACACUCUGCCUGCCGAAGGCCUUUGAGAGGCAACGAACAAACAAAAUAGAAAUGAACCGCAUCGAAAUAGUACAAUAUUUUACCCAGUUCGAUAGUUCAGUUCGGGACAUCUUGAUUCUAAUUUCCACUCCCGCAAUGCCUGCACUGGCCGAAACCAGGAAAAGCCACGCCCAUCUUUCCAAUUCUGGGAUCUGCGGGUCUUGGAGGCUACCAUGGGGUGUAAUGUCAAUAUCAGCCGCCAUUCAACCUCCGAGCCUGGCCUCUCAUAUGUCGCCGUCGCUUCUACCUCAAUCUGCGGAUAAAGUCAGUUGGUAUCCCAAAUUGUCACCCUCUCCACCACUCGCCGCCUUCACAUUGGGGAUUCACCCACGCUCAAUAUGUUGUCUGCAUCAGCGCCCAGCAUGCGAUCUUCAGUUUUGGUCUUUACCUGGAAGGAGCACCUCGAGGGGGAAACGUCUCCAUGGUUCUGUAGAUUAAGAGUGACGAUAAAAAUGGCAUCACGCGGUUCACCCGCCCAUUGGUACAUAUGCUAUACCCCCUCGGCUCGACACAUCUGCCUCCGACAUCCUGACCAGAGUAUCACCGCGACCGGGAAAACAACUCGACGAUAACAGGCGGCUCACUCUGGUUGACUUUCUUGGCAGGAACAACAAGUCAACUCAUAG